ACCAAAACGCGUGCACCUUCCAGAAGGGAACGCACCGACACGCACGGGGAAGUAGCGCCGCCGCAGCCCGUUAAACCAACCCGAGAAACCACCUAAGCAGUGCGUGGGAGAAGAAAAUCAGCACAACAAAUCACCAGCGACACAGCCAGCGCGGCCGCCCGACCAUCAAGACACGUGCAGUGCACAACCAAACAGCAUCGGCAAGCUCCUUCAAAGACAAUGCCUGGCCUUUUCACCAGUGCCAAUGGCAUCUCUUACUCGCUCUACUCGCAGGGCUGAAGGCUUCUCGCCUCACGUUAAUGGCGACGCGGCGCUCACGCGGCCAGGCGCCGUUGCCUUUCCUACCGGCCGACGACCAAAGCGAGCUCCUGAUGCCGUUGAACACGGGCUGGACGCUGUCGUCUCCAAGAAGAGCAAAAUAACAGCAGAAUUAAUCGCCAAACAACCGCCAAACGCCCAAGCUCCGAUCUCGCGACCGGCUGCUGUAGCCUGUUCAGCACCCCCUCAUGGUGCUGCUACGACCAUGGCAGCCAGGGCAGCAACAACAGCAACGCAAAAUCCACCUGCAGCAGUCACAAAACAUCAAGCAAAAGUAAUCAACGGCAUCAAAGCCGAACUGGACAGACUGGAGCCGCAAGCAGCGACAUCCCGAGAGCCAGGGCGCAAGCUCCGAUCCCAAGAAGCGACGAGGUUCAAGAGCGAGCUUUCGGCUUACUUCCCCGACUAUGAUGAGGUUAUUGGGAAUGAUCCCAAAGAAGAGUAUGCGCUAAACUACGAAACACCGAUUGUGGUCAUCGACUCAAGCUCUCGACGCGCCCCAGCAGCAACAACCUAUGCUGUCAAGGGCUUUGGAGAUGCAUUAUAUACAGAUGUAUUUGACGCCCAACGGAUAGACCUGGGCUUUUUGGAAGCCCAGCUACGAAACAAGUCGAUAGAAGACCCACUCCCCGACUCGCUCUUUAAUCCUAUACACAAACGCGCAGAGCGACUGGAGAGAUCGAUAAGGAACUCUGAAAAAGGUCGUGCACAGCACGAGAAAGAUCAAAUCAUCCGUCUACUGGAGGGCCUGCAGAGCCACGACUGGCUGCGUAUCAUGGGCGUUUCUGGCGUGACAGACUCCAAGAAGAAGACGUUUGAACCUGCACGUGAGUAUUUCAUCAAAGGGUGUCGAUCAAUAUUAGAAAAGUUCAAGAAUUGGAAUCUCGAGGAGAAGAAGAGGAAGCUUGAACGAGAGCGAGCACUUGCAGAACAAAUGGAGGAGGCUACGGAAGAGGCUGACGAGGACGCCAUGGAUGUGGACGAGAUUGCCGACAGCGACGAUGAUGGCGACAAGAGCAGCGCCGAGAAUGACGACGGAAAUAGCGACAACAUGAGUACAUCACAAGACGGAAGCGAAGGCCCAUCACCAGCGAAGCAGCUGCGACAAGAAGCCAUGGCGCGGUCCAAGAUUGCCGCAGCUAAACGACAAGCCCGCCAGAUGCAGUCUCCCGAACCCGAAACGCCCCGACCAUUCACCUCGUUCUUUGGCAAGAAACAUGAGCGUGACGGCGCGUUACAUCGCCAACGCCGCACAGGUAGGAACGUCCUGGCUUGGGGCCACCCAGUUCCCGAUAUUCCAGAAGUCGAUUUUGAUUUGCCAGAAGACUACCGAGAUGAUGAGACACUGAAGUCGCGCGCGCGGGGGAAGAGGCGGGACAAGCGAAAAAGCCGCGGGGAGUAAUAAUGAGGGAACGGCACCGCAGCCGAAACAGCCGGCAGCAUGGCCUAGAAUGAAGUUUGACAUUCAAAAAGGGUUUCACGGCACGGAGUACGCGUUUGGUUCUUUGCUUUUUUAAUGGCGUUUGGGACGGAACGAUAUCAUGUUUUUACACACGGAGCAUGCGGUAGUAGCAUUGCUAGGCAUGGAGGCAGGCCCAUCUAUAUCCAAUUAUAUCUCUUGUUGAAACACUUUUUUGGUCUGUAUUACAUGUGUUGAUUGUAUUGAUUGUGGUGAAAGUGAGUGGUAUAUGUGACGCUGUAGGACGUAAUUUUGACGCAGGCAGUAAAUAAUAACACCUAAAGACGAAU